AUGGCGAACCCAGUAACGAGGUAUUGUUUCCAUACACUUAAAAGGCGGUAUGCUACAGCACUACCAAAAUGCGAGUUUACUCCAAAAGAUUAUUCAGGACCCUCAGUUCAAAGAACUGAUGAAAUAAAAUCCGAAAACAUACCACCAGCAUUAUUCAAUAUUUACAAACGUCCAUUCGUUAUCCACCAAGGUCAUAUGCAGUGGCUCUAUGACCACGAAGGUAGACGAUAUCUUGAUCUCUUUGGAGGAAUCGUCACCGUUUCUGUCGGUCAUUGCCAUCCUAAAGUGUCUGCGGCGCUUCAUAAACAAAUUGACACUCUUUGGCAUACGACUAAUAUAUAUAGGCAUCCGAAAAUAUACGAGUAUGUUGAAAAGCUUACUGCUAAAUUCCCAGGAAACCUGAAGGUAGUAUAUCUAGUCAAUAGUGGAACGGAAGCUAACGACUUAGCAAUGUUAUUAGCUAAGGCGUAUACUGGGAACAAUGACGUCAUAUCGCUGCAGUGUAGCUACCACGGCUACUCCACCACUAUCAUGGGGCUCACAGCUACGCAGUCUUAUCGUAUGCCCAUACCUGUUCCUCCUGGAUUCCAUCAUGCAAUGCUACCGGACCCAUACCGGGGUAUCUGGGGUGGGUGUCGGGACUCGUUCUCACAAGUGCGUGACGCUUGCGCCUGCCCAGGGGACUGUACCUCUUCUGACAAAUAUGUUCAUCAGCUACGUGAGCUUCUAGAGAAUUCCGUGCCAGCGGGUCGUGUGGCAGCACUCUUUGCCGAAUCCAUCCAGGGAGUUAACGGCACUGUACAGUUUCCCAAAGGAUACCUUAGGAAAGCGAGCCAAUUGAUCAGACAAUAUGGUGGACUAUAUGUUGCUGAUGAGGUACAAACAGGUUUCGGUAGGACAGGAGACGCGUUCUGGGGAUUCCAAAACCAUGGGGUUAUACCAGAUAUUGUAACUAUGGCCAAAGGAAUUGGCAAUGGCUUUCCUCUGGCAGCGGUCGUCACUACGAAAGAAAUAGCAAAUGCUCAUACUGAAGCGAAUUAUUUUAAUACUUUUGGUGGCAACCCUAUGGCCGCUGCAGUAGGAAAAGCAGUGUUAGAGGUAAUUGAAGAAGAGAAUCUCCAAGAGCACUGCUUAGUGACCGGCAAAUAUUUCAUUGAACAGCUUAUGCAAUUGCAAAAUUUACAUCCAGUAAUUGGCGAUGUACGUGGUAAAGGGCUGAUGUUGGGUUUAGAAUUGGUAGAACCUGGGACUAAGAAACCUCUUAGUGCCAGUGACGUGUCUGAUAUUAUGGAAACCAUCAAAGAUCUUGGAAUAUUAAUAGGUCGUGGUGGAAGAUGGUAUAAUGUGCUAAGAAUUAAGCCGCCUAUGUGCAUCAACAAGAAGGAUGUUGAUUACGCUAUAUCAGUUUUGGAUCAAGCCUUGAAUACGUAUUCAAAAAAGAAA